AACCAGCAAAGUUAGUACCAAUAUUAAGUGUUCUGUUUAAUAUUAACGGCAUUUACAUUUCACACAUAGCGUAACUUUCAUAUUUUUCUUGUAAAAUGUCAAAAAAUGAUGGAGGCAGCACUCUUCGCCAGCGAAAAUCAAAUCGUUCAAUCAGCACAAGUGGAGAAUCAUUCGAGGAACCAAUAUUUGGAAACGGAAAUUCAAAAUCGGAAACAAAACAUGAAAAAUUAAAAGUAAUUCCAACUUAUGGAACAAAAAUUUGUCACAACGCUCGUCCUUCAUUGUUUAGCACCUCUAGUGGUUUCGAUGAUUACAGGGGAUUCCUUAACUUAUGCGUUGUAUUGCUGGUUAUUUCAAAUGCGAGAGUUUUCUUAGAGAACAUAAGAAAUUAUGGGAUUUUGGUUGACCCCUUACAGUGGCUAACCGCCGUUCUACAUAAUCCAUAUCAGUGGCCCAAUCUAUUGCUGGUUUAUUUUUGUCACAACUGCAACUGGCUUUAAUACAGCAAUGGGUGGUCCCGGUUCUGCAGAAGUCCAUACUACCUAUUCAUAACUUUGAAGGUUACUAUGUUGUGGAGAGAUUACUAAAGUUAUCGGUGCCCAAUCACUUUAUAUGGUUGGUUUUCUUCUAUGUUUUCUUCCAUUCUGUAUUGAACGCUUUGGCUGAAGUUCUAAAGUUCGCUGAUAGAGAGUUUUACAGAGAUUGGUGGAACGCUGACACAAUCGGUUACUUCUGGCAAGCAUGGAAUAUACCGGUACAUAAAUGGUGCGUUCGUCAUGUAUACAAACCACUUUUAUCAAUUGGUGUUUCAAAGUUGAUGGCUCAAAUAUCAGUAUUCAUGCUUUCUGCAUUCUUUCAUGAGUAUUUAGUUUCUAUUCCUCUUCAUAUGUUCAAGUUUUGGGCUUUCUUUGGGAUGACCAUGCAGAUCCCGUUAACGUUUUUUACUGUGUGGGUCAGCAAGAGGUUUUCGAGCAAUUACGGAAAUAUGAUUGUGUGGAUGUCUCUUAUACUGGGACAACCUGUAGCUAUUCUAGCAUAUGUGUACCAUUAUUAUGUCACGAGUUACACUAAUGUGUCAUAAAGAUAAUUAUGAUGUCAUAAGAGAGUAGUACAUGACAAUGGGCAUUUAAGAACGAAAUAUGAAAAUGUUUUUGUUUAAAACUGUUUUUAGAUCAAUUUUUGAAAUUUUUGUUUAAGUUUUUUCCAUCAAAUAUUAAGUUGAAAAUAUCAUGUAUAUUACGUAUUUUUUGAUAAAUUUUAAUCAAAAUUGUAAAAACUUUCUUCUUAAUCUUUAAAAUCAGGACUUUUAGUGUUUACUUUGUUUGAUAUUUCAUGCAAAACCAUUUUGCUAAAAGCAUUUUUUUUUUGUUAUGUAAAUCUGUAAAAUAUAAUUUGCUAAAAAUAAUUUUUUUGAUACGUUUUAAUUGGUACGUCAAUGCUACAUGCUAACAUUUGUAAAAAUGUAAAAAUAUUCGCUGGUGUUUUAUAUUUAAUUAAUUAUUCAAGUUUAUUAGAAUAAUCUGAACCAUAUUUUGUUACCACGCCAAUUUAAAGCUGAUAAUUCUAAACUUUUACCAAAGUAACUUGAAUAAUAAGUGGUUUAUGAGGGAAUCGACCUCUGUUUAUGGCUUUGUCUGUUUUAGACGCCAAUUAUUGCAAAUUGGUGGUAAAACAACAUACCUAAAAUUAAAAGAAAUCUAAUCUAUUUUAUUGAUGUAGCAGGAGGGGCCGUUUUCUGAAAAAUUUCUGAAAAGCCACAAACCAUGAAAAAUAAAGAAAACUGGUUCAGUUACAAUGCAGAUGUAAUAGGUCCCAUUUCGUGCCUCACUUAGGACCUCAUCCAUAUAGAAUAGAAUGUGCAUAUACAAUGUUGGGGUAAUAGGCCAACUCUGGUCUAAAUCCCAGGUCCCACGGCAUGCCUCACUUUAGGACCUCACCCAUAUAGAAUAGAAUGUGCAUAUACAAUGUUGGGGUAAUAGGCCAACUCUGGCUUAAAUCCCAGGUCCCAUGGCAUGCCUCACUUAGGACCUCAUCCAUAUAGAAUAGAAUGUGCAUAUACAAUGUUGGGGUAAUAGGCCAACUCUGGUCUAAAUCCCAGGUCUAAUGGCAUACCUUACUGUAGGACCUCACCCAUAUAGAAUAGAAUGUGCAUAUACAAUGUUGGGGUAAUGGGCCAACUCUGGUCUAAAUCCCAGGUCCCAUGGCAUACCAUGCUGUAGGUUUCACUCAUAUAGUAUAACAAGCUUGUUUGUUACUUCUAAAAUUACAGCUUUAAAUUGGCAUGAUAGCUUGACUUAAAUAAUUCUUAUAUUUUUGCACUUUCACACAAAUAUCUCCCACGUUUAACACACGCAAUAAUGUAUAAUAAACCAGCCAUAAUCAUUUCACUAAAUCACUGUCCCUCCAAAAACAAUUAAUAUUUAAUUUUUUCAUGAGGGGAAAAAUUUAGUUCUAAAUUUGUUAAAACAAUUCUCUGUAAAAAUAAUUUUUCAUUAAAAACUUUUUUUUUGUAAAAUUUAUAAAAAAUUUUUUUUUGCUAAAUCAAUAGGUCAUUUUUCUUGUUUUUCAGUGAAUGAAUUAAUAUUCAAUUCACACUAUGCGUUAUUUUGCAACAGAAAAUCUCAGUUAAUUAAUUUUAUGUAUAUAUAUAUGUGUUUCCAAAUACAAAAUACUUUCAUUUAUCAUCUAAGAUCAAC